AUGGCUAACUAUACUACACGGCCUUUCAAAGAUUCAGUGGAAGCAAGAUGGCAACCUCCCAAGCCUCCGUGGUACAAGGCAAACAUGGACGGUGCAGUUUUUACUCAGCAAAAGGAAGCCGGGAUUGGAGUGGUGAUAAGGGACCACCACGGAGAGGUAGUGGCAGCACUUAGCAAGCGGAUAAAGGCUCCGUUGGGUGCUGUUGAGAUAGAGGCUAAAGCAAUGGAGGAAGGUGUCCGCUUCGCAUGGGAAAUGGGAAUCCGAGACUGCCUGUUUAAAAGCGAUUCCCUCACUGUCGUGAACGCCAUGCAACGACGUACAGAGGUUCCAGCUUCUAUUGUUAAUGUUAUUAAUGGGUCAUUGUCCCAGCUGUAUGGGUUUAGAGAUGUAAACUUUAGCCAUGUGGGCCGGUCAGGAAACAAGGUUGCACACACGCUAGCCCAAUUUGCUAAAAGCGUGCAAGACUAUUACGCGUGGGUUGAGGAAGUUCCAGUUUGUAUUGAGGGGCUGGUGGUCCAAGAUGUCAUGUAG